AUGAAGCUCCUGACCUCCUGUGCAAUAUUAGCUUCGGCACUCACUGCCUGCGCCGAAUCAGAACCCGGCUACUAUGCGAACCUGACAUGGGAGCAGCCUCGAACUCUAUCCAACUGGAGCAAUCUCACCGUUGAGACUCAAACGGGGACAUUCAUCGGCAUGCUGAACGAUACCUAUCCGGACGUUCGCCAGUUCUUGCUCGUCCCUUACGCUCAGCCACCGGUAGGAGAUCUCCGCUGGCUACCUCCUCAGAAGCUGAAGAAGACGAACCGGAAAUUCGACUCGACUCGCUAUGGCCCUGCGUGUCCGCAGUACGUCUCUACCUAUGACAGCAUCUGGACCGAGUAUUCGCCAACCGCCCUACUCUACAAUCUCGGGGAGACGCGCACUCAGGGCUCCACCGCCUGGUCGACAGCAGAAGAUUGCCUGUCCCUGGCCAUAUGGACUCCAGCAUCGGCAAAUCGCCGCUCCAACCUCCCUGUGGCACUUUUUGUGACCGGCGGCGGCGGGGUCACCGGCGGCAUUGCCAUCCCAUCCCAACUGCCACCGCACUGGGUCUCGCGCUCUCAGGAGCAUAUCGUAGUCACGAUGAACUACCGAGUCAACAUCUUCGGGAAUCCCAAAUCCAGAGCCUUGGAUGAGACAUCACUGACGCUACUCGAUGUGCGGGCCGCGGUGGAAUGGGUCUAUGAGAACAUCGAAUCCUUCGGCGGGAACAAGGACAACAUUAUGUUAUGGGGCCAAUCCCAAGGCGCCGCUCUCACGCAUCUUUACACCCUCGCCUUUCCCGACGACCCCCUAGCCGCCAAAUUCGGCAUCCUCUCCCAGCCUCCCUCUGUCACCAUCGACCUCAGCACCACCGACGACGUCUACCAAGAUUUCGACAUCGUGGCCCAAGCGCUAGGCUGCAACUACGGCCGCGACGCCACCGCCAGUCUAGAGUGCAUGCGCAAAGUCUCCUGGGUGCAGAUCUCCGAAUUCAUCAACCGCUACAACGCCUCUCCCUCGAUCUCAUUCAGCAGCUACAUCCCGGACGAGAAAUACAUCUUCGCCAACGAGACCCAGCGCUACCGAUCCGGCCACGUCGCCCGCGGACCGGCCAUCCGCUCCAACGUGGACCGCGAAUCCGCCAGCACGAACCUGACCGCCUCCGCCCUCACCGAGAUGGAAUGGAGCUGCGCCACUGCAAUGGAUGCAGCGCUGCGGAGGGCUAUCGGACUAGACACGUAUCGGUAUUUCUGGGCCGGAAACUUCACCAACAUCUCUCCCACCCCCUGGCUGGGCGCCUACCACUCCUCCGACCUGCUGAUAGUCUUCGGGACGUACAUGAAGCAGAUCGGGGCCGUCCCCGAGCUGGAGGUGCUGACGUCCGAAACGAUGCAGGAUCAUUUCCUCGCCUUUAUGAAGGACGCAGCUUCCCUGGCGGAGACGGUGGGGUGGGUGCCGUUCGAUCCUGCGGGGGUGGAUGGCGGCUCGAUUGUUGAGUUUGGGAAAGGGGCUGCCGCGCGGAAUGUGACGGGGGAUUGGCUGGAUAAGGCGUGUACGAGUGGUGCUUUGGGGGAUGUGAGGGUUUGGGGGUAG